GUUUUGUGCCAUAACGCAUUUUUAUUGCAACAUUUUACUCCCGCUCGAUUUUAGUGUCAAAUAUUUUUGGAUGUUAGCAUUUUUUUAGAUAGUUGAUGCAAAAUAAGUGGAUGUGAAGUGAAUGGUCUCUUUGGGGGGAAAGAUCAAUGCGUUUUUUGGUUUCCGUGUCAACGAAGAUGAACAGACUCUCCCUUUGCAGGGUCCACAGCAGAGGAGGAUGACCGGUAAGAGUCAGACCAGCAACGUGACCAACAAGAAUGACCCCCGCUCACUCAACUCCAGAGUCUUCAUCGGUAACCUCAAUACCGCCAUCGUCAAGAAGGCCGACAUCGAAGUCAUCUUCGCCAAGUAUGGCAAGAUCGUGGGCUGCUCUGUGCACAAGGGCUACGCCUUUGUGCAGUACAUGAGCGAGCGCAACGCUCGCGCGGCGGUAGCUGGAGAGAACGCUCGGAUCAUAGCAGGACAGCCACUGGAUAUUAACAUGGCAGGAGAGCCCAAACCAUACAGGCCCAAAGCUGGCUCCAAACGACCCCUGUCUGCUGUCUACACUGGUUAUGAGUUUGACUAUGACUACUACCGUGAUGAUUUCUAUAAUCGGCUCUUUGACUAUCAUGGGCGGGUGGCCCCGCCUCCGAGGGCGGUCAUCCCACUAAAGCGCUCACGGGUUGUGAUGCCAUCCACACGAAGAGGGAAGACGUCCUUCUCCAUCAAAACAUCCACCUCUUCAUCUUCGCGGCCCCCCUCCUCCUCUUCCUCAUCCCUCUCCUCCGGACUAAAACUAAAGACGGAUCAGCUCCAGACGAUCAAGCGUGAGCUUACUCAGAUCAAGCUGAAGAUCGACUCUCUCCUGUGCCGUCUGGAGAAAAUAGAAAAACAGCAGAGGAUGGACUCUGAGGCUCAGAGGAAGUAUGAAGACAACUGUGACUCACUGCAUGAGGAAUCCAUAUCAGAGACGGCGGAGAACUCGGCCGAAGAGGCGGGGGAGGGGCCGUUGGAUGCAGAGGCCGGAGAGAUGACCGACGGUGGCGAGGAUGACUACGACGAAGAGGGCAGCACCGAUCUGAUAGAGAACCAUGUGUCUGACAUUGACAACUAAAGGUAAGGCUAUGUCAAAAGGGAACGCAGUGCUGCUUUGAACAGUCUUAAGGGGGAAGGAAGGAAGACAUUAAACUGGGCAGAGCCAAAAAAAAAAAGGAAAGAAAAAAAGCUCACAACUCCUCUGUGACAGACACAAUGGAACAGGCAUGAUCGAUUGAGACAAAGCAGUGUGUGUUCAUGGACGAAUCUCUCAUCGCCAGUCAGCGUCUGUUGCUCAACGUUCCACAGGAUUUCAUUUGUAUACACUGAAAGACUCAUUUGGUUUGUCAAGUAAUGCUCCGGCUUUUGCAGAACUAUUUUAUUAAAUAUUAUCAAAUGUCUAAUUGAAUUCAACUUAGAUUUUUUCUCUGUGUGAUAACCCAUGUAUAUAUACUUGCACUCCUGUCUGAAAAAGGAAUAAGGUAUUGAAGAAAACACAAUGCCGGUGUUAAGAAUGAGCAGGAGAUCCAAGCUCUCACUUCUGGCUGUGCUCCGGCUCCUGCGUUUCUUUCCUGCAACAUUCUGAGGGUGCGUUGCGUUCGUCAGUCCUGAUUCACGUCGACUGGAAGAGAAUAGCCACUCACGCUGCUAUGAUUUUCCUCCUUCCAACGCUGCCAUGUCUGUCUCUCUCUCGCACUCUCUUCCUCCCCGUCGAAUUCUCUGUCAUUUUGUUUUCUCUCUUUUCCUCGUUCCAUUUUGCCCAUCAUUUGUCUUUUUUCUUUCAUCAGCCUCUAAAAGUGCAGAGUGCAGAGAAUACCCACCUCGGGCUGUCCCCCCGCACAGACACCAAGUAACGAUAUUCACAUUAUUGUUCACACCCCAUUAAUUCAAAGAUGCAGACACUCGGAUUUCAUCAAACCAGUUGUGCACCUACUCAUGGAGGCAGCCUUUAAAUGACAAAUGACAAAUGCCCAUUCAGUCCACACUUGGCACGGAGAGUCCAGAAAAUUAGCCCAAAGAUUUUCAGCACCAUACUGCCAUCGCACGUCCAUAGAUUGGCCAAAUCAGUACUGUCAGACUUAUAAUCUAGCUGUGAGAAAUCUUAUUAAACUCACCAACAUUGUGUUCAUGAUUCUCCUUCUUUAUACCUGUCAUCUGUGACAAUAGUUACCAGGCGUAAGUAGUAUGUUUAACUACAGUAUAUGUGCCAUUGCAUUCUGAGAUCUUCAUUCUCGUGCAGAGCUCCACGUGAGAAUUCCAAGCAGCAUAUACAGGAUUUAGACAUGCUUAUGUAUUUGCUACUAAGACAGCAUGUUUAAUAGAUGGAGUACCACAUUUCAUUUCCCACUACUGCCAUAUGCUCCACAGUAUUACUGACCUUAAAUAAUAGACAAUGAGCACUCUAUUUUUAUAUGGCAAAUUUUGAUUGGAGAAAAAUGGCUUUACAAACAUCGACUUGUGUUUUUGUUUGUUUUUUGUUUGUGUUUGUUUGUUUGUUGACCUGACUAUGCCUCUGUUUCUGGCUUCAGUAUAACGCAUUCAAAUGGAGAAUGUGAGGAAAUAGCUGUGACAAGUUAAAAAAAGAAAAGAACAAAAUUGUGGUUACCCUGGUUACCCACAUCAAAUCUAGUUUCACACUGUGGGGAAAGUACUCAUGGUUUUUUAAUUAAUGUUUCAGAGAAUAUGAAGAUUAUAUACAGUACACAGUAAAACUGGUCUCCAAGGCUAAAGGACACAAUUCAUUAAAAAAAAAAAGAAUGUACAGAUAUGUAAACUAUUUGUAAAGCUAUUUUUUAUGAUCAGCAUGUUUAUUCAUUUAAUGUAUUUUUGGUUUAAUCUUAGUUGUUGCAUUUGUUGUAUGGCAUCAGAAAUCAUUGCAUAGACAAAAAAGCACUAUUAAAAUCAUUAUAUGUGAAA